AUGAGUAGGAGCGACCCGCUGCUGUGGCUGGCGCCGCCUCCCAUCCACCCGCGAGAGCGCAGGUGCCGCGUGCACGAGAGAACCCCUGCUAUUAAUGACCCGUUUAAAAAGAAUAAAUACUUCCAAUAUGAACCAUGCAAGAAGACUACAUACAUUAUAGCAGUGUUCACCAACUCGUCGACAGUCUUCACUGUGGAUCCCCAUAAAGCUCUGGACUCACUAGCUGAGGUUGUAAUCCAACAUUACAGCAGUGGUCACCAAUUCGUCAACAGCGUUCACUAUCGAGCUCUGGACUCCCUGGCUGAGGUUGUGAGAGAAACAUCGACCUGCAGUGCCAGACUGAAGAUGAGUGGUUAUGAGGAGAAAGUGGAUGACAGAGCGGAGUCUCUCCAGAGUAACAUGUCCAAAGAAGGUCUCAUAGACUUCAGAAAUGAACCUGGACCCUCACACGCAGAUGCCAACUGUGGACAAAGACCCAGAACAGGACCUGGAGCUAAGACAGCUGGUCAGAGCAGCACCGUACAUCUGUCUGCUGAUGUCUUGAAUUUUGACAACGAUCUGCAGAAGGUUUUAAAUGAACAUAAGAUCAGUCUGACGAGGACAUGUAAACAUGUAACUGAAGGAACUGAUGAAACAGGAAGUAGAACCCGCCUCAACAGGAUCUACACUGAACUCUACAUCACAGAGGGACAGAGUGAAGGGAUUAAUACUCAACAUGAAGUGAGGCAGCUUGAGACGGCUUCCAAGAUGAAGAUCCUCCACGACACUCCGAUCAAGUGCCAUGACAUCUUUAAAGCCUCCACUGACCAGCAGAGCAGCAUCAGAGUCGUCCUGACCAACGGCGUCGCUGGCAUUGGAAAAAGCUUCUCGGUGCAGAAGUUCACUCUGGACUGGGCAGAGGGUUUAGAAAACCAAGAUGUCAGCCUGCUGAUUGUGCUUUCGUUCAGAGAGCUGAACCUUGUGAAAGACCAGCAGCACAGUCUUCUAACGCUGCUCCAUGUUUUCCAUCCAACAUUACAGAAGAUCACGGCAGAGAUGCUCGCUCUCUGUAAACUUUUGUUCAUCUUUGACGGACUGGAUGAAAGCAGACUUUCUCUGGACUUCAACCACAGGAAGGUUGUUACUGAUGUCACACAGAGGUCAUCAGUCAACACACUGCUGACGAGCCUCAUCCUGGGGAAUCUGCUUUCCUCUGCUCUUGUCUGGAUAACCUCAAGACCUGCGGCGGCCAAUCAGAUCCCUUCUACAUGUGUUAACAGGGUCACAGAAGUACGAGGCUUCACUGACGCCCAGAAGGAAGAUUACUUCAGGAAAAGGUUCAGUGAUGACGAGCUGUGCAGCAGAAUAAUCUCACACAUCAAGAUGUGCAGGAGUCUCCACAUCAUGUGUCAAAUCCCGGUCUUCUGCUGGAUCAGUGCUACAGUUCUGGAGUACAUGUUGACCAAAGACCAGAGUGGAGAGCUGCCCAAGACCAUGACUGACUUGUACUCACACUUUCUGAUGGUUCAGACAAAGAGAAAGAAAAAGAAGUACGGUGAGGGACAUGAGACGACUCCUGAGCAGCUGACGAAGGCUGACAGGGACGUUCUUCUGAAGCUGGGGAAGCUGGCGCUUAAACAUCUGAGGGAAGGAAUCAUCAUGUUCUAUCAAGAAGACCUGGAGGGGUGUGGUCUUAAUGUCAAAGAAGCCUCAGUGUACUCUGGAGUUUGUACUGAGAUAUUCACAGAGUGUGUGAUCUUCCAGAAAUCAGUCUACUGCUUUGUUCAUCUGAGCGUUCAGGAGUUUCUGGCUGCAGUCUACAUGUUCCACUGUUACACCAAGAGGAACACAGAAGAACUCAAAAACUUCCUGGGAACAUAUGGGAACACACAGGAUACCUUCUCUCUGGAUGACCUCCUGAAGAGAACCAUGGAGAAAUCCCUCACCAGUGAAAAUGGUCAUCUGGACCUUUUUGUUCGCUUCCUUCAUGGCCUCAGUCUAAAGUCUAACCAUAAACUCUUAGGAGGCCUGCUGGGUUGGACAGAAAACAAUCCAAAGAUCAUCCAGAGAGCCUUAGGAGGCCGGCUGAGUCGGACAGGGAACAAUCCAAAGAUCAUACAGAGAAUCAUCAAGAACCUGAAUGAGAUGCAGAGUGAUGACAUUUCUCCUGACAGAAGCAUCAACAUCUUUCACUGUCUGACUGAGAUGAACGACCACUCAGUAAAUCAGGAGAUGCAACAGUUCCUGACGUCAAAGAACAAAUCAAAAGAGAAACUCUCUGAGAUCCACUGCUCAGCUCUGGCCUACAUGCUGCAGAUGUCAGAGGAGGUUCUGGAUGAGUUGGACCUGAAGAAGUUCAACACAUCAGACCAGGGUCGACAGAGACUGAUCCCAGCUGUGAGGAACUGCAGGAAAGCUCUACUAAUUGAUUGUGAACUCUCAGAGACUCACUGUGAAGUCGUGGCCUCAGCUCUGAAGUCAAACCCCUCACAUCUGAAAGAACUGAAUCUGAGUGGAAACAGCCUGCAGGAUUCAGGAGGGAAGCUGCUGUUUGCUGGACUGGACAGUCCAAACUGUCGACUGGAGACUCUGAGGUUAAAGGGCUGCUAUCUAUCAACGAUCAGCUGUUCUUCUCUGGCUUCAGCUCUGAGGUCAAACCCUUCUCAUCUGAGAGAACUGGAUCUAAGCUACAACGAACUGAAGGACUCAGGAGUGAAGGAGCUUUGUGGUUUUCUAGAGAGUCCAACCUGUGAACUGGAGACUCUGAGGUUGGAGGGCUGCGGUCUGUCAGAGAUCAGCGGUUCUUAUCUGGCUUCAGCUCUGAGGUCAAACCCCUCUCAUCUGAGAAAACUGAAUCUGAAUAGAAACAACCUACAGGACUCAGGAGUGAAGGAGCUCUGUGGUUUUGUAGAGAGUCCAACUUGUCGACUGGAGAGUCUGAGGUUGAAGGGCUCCAGUCUGUCAGAGAUAAGCCGUUCUUCUCUGGCUUCAGCUCUGAGGUCAAACCCCUCUCAUCUGAGAGAACUGGAUCUAAGACUUAACGACCUGCAGGAGUCAGGAGUGAAAGAGCUGCUUAAUCUAAAGCAGCCUUCAGGCAGUUGA